AACGAACACACAUAACGUCACAAAUAUUCCCUCUUUCUUGGAGCUUUCCUGGUCACCUAGCUCGGGUCGUCCACUCCCACUCCCACCAGCGGCACCACAGUUCCCAGGCCCUGUCCAGUGCCAGUCACGUGCGAAUUCCCCGAUCUUCAGCAGCUUCCCUGUCUUUAGGUAACACCAGUGCGGGAAGCCGCAUCAAGGCACGGCUUCGACUCACAAACUCGUCUGCCGUCGCCUUUGUCUCUACAAACCCUUGGAGAACGGAUAGACUAAAGACGAGUUCGCCAUGGCCGGGGCACCGGGGAAUGAAGUGGAAGUCGAGGCAGAGCAGCUUGCGUUGCAGGUCAUCGUUUUGGGUUCGGGAGGCGGACCAGUGGAGGACAACAUUACAGCAUUCCUGGUUCGAUCCACUGCUGUCGGCUGGAAGAAAGGAUGCUUGCUUGCAGUUGAUGCAGGUGUCCAUCUGGCCGCCAUUGCAAAGAUCCUAGAACGCCAUAAAGCGGAUAGAUCAGGGAACGAUGAGAAGCAAGCCGUCACCUUGAUUGAUGGACCCUUCGAAGGCCUUCAAAUCCCUCACUCCUCCGCCAGUGCAAAUGCAGCACACAUAUCACGCACUCUUGUUGAUACUUACCUCGUGACACACCCGCACCUCGACCAUAUCUCUGGAUUUGUGGUGAACACUGCCGCUAUGCCCGGAUCUCGUCCAAAACGUCUUGCUGGAUUGCCAUCUACUAUUGAGGCUUUCAAGAACCAUAUUUUCAAUAAUGUCAUCUGGCCAAACCUGUCGGAUGAGAACAAUGGCGCUGGACUGGUGACUUACAUGAGAUUAGUGGAAGGUGGCUCUCCUGCUCUUGGCGACGGCGAGGGCAAGGGCUACGUUGAAGUGUGCGACGGGCUGAGUGUGAAAACUUGGGGUGUUAGUCAUGGUCAUUGUAUCGAGAGGCACAGUCAUCGAGGGUCAAGUUUUGGGCUUGGAUCAAGUAGUUCUCAACUGGAUGCUUCUCCACGGCAACGUACUACGUCCGUAUCGCAAUCACAGCUUCAGCCACCCUCUCGAACGAGUUCCGGAUCAGGCUUCAUCCCGGGAGAACUACUGAGAGUCGAAUCUCAGGAGCGGAUAUGCGUUUAUGACAGCUCAGCGUACUUUAUUCGAGAUAUUGCCACCGGCAAGGAAAUUUUGAUGUUUGGAGAUGUGGAACCAGAUACGAUUUCCCUAUCGCCGCGGAACAUGCAUGUCUGGAGUGAAGCUGCGCCAAAGAUCGCAUCCGGCCAUCUAAGAGGGGUAUUUAUCGAGUGUUCUUACGACGACUCUGUGUCCAACGAUUACUUGUACGGCCAUAUCGCCCCUAGAUUUAUGAUUGAAGAGAUGAAAUGCUUGGCCAAUGAAGUUAGGAAAGUCAAGGAGAACAAGAAGAGGAAGCGUGAGGGCAAUGGGGACGCUCUUGGCAACAGCCGUCGAAAACCGACUCGAGCAGUCAGAGACUUAAGUCCUCAAGUCAGUCCACGAUCAGGGCGAACUCGAAACUCCAUUGAUUUUGAAAUCAUGCAGGCUGAUGGACAGAACGAAUUAUUGAAGGAGGUCGAUGAAGAAGAUACCAUAGACCAAGACCAUUCUCUGCCAAUUCGAAGCUCCUCAGAGUUGCCAUUGAAAGGUCUCAAGAUCGUCAUUAUCCAUAUGAAGGAGAAACUCAAUGAUGGACCUCCUGUUGGUGAGCUAAUUCUGAAGCAGCUCCAGGGUUACGAAGCACAGGCACGUUUAGGGUGUGAAUUCGUAAUUUCAAAAGUUGGGGACGCAAUGUACUUCUAAGGCUGGAGUUUCCCAAGAGUACUUUGGAAGACUGAAUUUGCAUGAGAUUGGGGGGCUGGAGUUUUGCGUGUUAGGGAGGCGGCAGAGUUGAUGAUUUCUCGGCGUGAGGUGGGUGGCUAUGCGUUGUGACUGGGAACCAGGCGUUGGUAUGCUCUCCUUGAUGUAGUUUAUUAAGUCCAUUGAACUUCACCCUAGGCCUCCUUUGUCCACUCCAGGCUCGAUGGUCUUCACGCUAGUGGAAAAAGGAUCCUGAAGUGUCAAGAUACGGCCCGCGGCGCUGUCAUGAGUGGAUCUUACUGGAUGCACCGCUUUCAAUAUCCUCGAAAGUUCCUGUCAGCAACUCAUCCUGCAAUGCGCUCAACAGCAUAUAUGAUUCUUAGGAGUAAAAGGUGCCGGCCUCUGCUACUACAGACAUCAUGACGAUGCUUUCUCCAAGUUGGUGAAACGCGUCAAUUAGCGUAGAGUAGCCUCCCACAAAUGGUCACAGUAUCAAGAAGAC